CAACGAGUGUGCCGGUCGUGUGUCGGCUUGCCGUCCCGAGCAUAAAGACACGCGUGAUUCGCGCAUACGUCGGCGGGAAACACACACGUGCCGUUAUUGUUUGAAAAUCAGGCGUCAAAAUACGAUUGGAUUUUCGAUCGUUUAUUUAAUAAUAAAUUUAAAGAAAAUAUAUAUAUAUAUAUACAUAUAUAUUUAUGUCUAUACAAUUUUGAUAGUUAUUAUUAUAUUGAUUUACGAUAAAACAUUUUUUUGAGCGGAUUAAAAAAAACGCGUUUGUUUGCCGAUUCGAAAUAAUGGAUAGCUCGUCUUCUUCGGUGGUUGUGGACGCUAGUGGCGACGAUGGAAGCGGUAGUGGUGAUGGUGGUAGAGGUGGAGGUGGUGAUGGACGCUUUGCCGACCGGGCCACCGAGGGUCUCUACCAGAGCUACAACGCCAAGCAGAAACGGGCGGCAUUCUCGUGCUACGUGUCCGCGUCCGUGCUAUUUGAUCUGUACUGUCUGUCGGUGUACGACGCCCGGUCGCUCUACACGUGGUCGUUGCUGGCCAUCAACGUGGCUACGCUGAUGUGGGUUCGGCUGGCGGCCGGCCGACGCCGAUACUGGACGGUCGUGGCCCAUUUGGCCUGGCUAACCGCCGACGUCCAAGUGGUUCUGCAUCUGGUGACCAACAGGGCCCAAGGCGCCGACCUGCUUGGCUGGGUACUCCUCUACGAUUAUCUGGCUUACGUCAGUUUACCCCUCACACUGGCCCUGUGCAUGGCCCUUAGUGCCACUACUUGUCUCACGUACGUGAUCACCGUGGCCGCGCUCGGCCGACAUCAUGCAUACUUAGCCAGACACUUGGCGACAAACAGCGUGCUCUUGUUGGCAUCAAACUGUUUGGGGCUGCUAUCCUAUUUUCUGGCUGACAAACAACAGCGGACUGCGUUUCUCGAAACUCGUCAAUGUCUCGAAAUGAAAAUGGUCAUUGAAGAACAAUCAGCCGAACAGGAACGACUAUUGUUGUCCGUAUUACCAGAACACGUUGCUGUAAAAAUGAGACAAGAUCUGGGAGAGGCAUUAGACAGUCAAUUUAAAAAAAUCUACAUGAGUCGACACGAGAACGUGAGUAUUUUAUAUGCCGACAUCGUCGGCUUUACAGCCAUCUCAUCCACCUACUCUGCAUCAGACUUGGUAAAAAUCCUCAACGAGCUGUUCGCCAGAUUUGACAGGCUUUCAGAAAAAUACCAACAACUGAGGAUAAAGAUUUUGGGAGAUUGUUAUUAUUGCAUUAGCGGAGCACCUAGAGAACGACCAGAUCACGCGGUCCUCAGCGUACACAUGGGACUGUCAAUGGUCAAAGCCAUCAAGUACGUACAACAGACGACAAACUCGCCGGUAGACAUGAGAGUGGGUAUACACACUGGAGCGGUGUUGGCUGGCGUUUUGGGCCAAAGGCAAUGGCAGUUCGAUGUAUACUCCAAAGACGUGGAGUUGGCCAACAAAAUGGAGAGCAGCGGGAUGCCCGGGCGCGUCCAUAUAUCUGAAAAAACGUUGAGCUUUUUGAACGGUGAAUUUGAAGUAGAACCAGGCUACGGUGAAAAACGGGAAGAAGCGUUAAGAAUGGCUGGCAUAAAAACAUUUUUCAUUAUCAAAACGAUUAAACCGUUCAAAAAAGAUAUACAGAAUGGUUCCUUUAACGACCUGAACAGUAGUACCAGCAAAGAGUCAGUGUGUAUCACUCCAGUAGAUAAUUCCGAUUUGAUGGCCCAAGUAAAAGAGGAAUCGGAAAAUUUUAAGAAACGACUCCGGAAAGACCUAAUGAAUAGAGACGGCCACAGAGAUUUGAACAAGCACACGAAAUACUUCACAUUGACAUUUAAAGACCAGAACAAAGAACGUGAGUACAAAUAUCACAAAGAGUCUGCAUCUGGCGUGUCUCUCAUCGGCUGUCCGCUAGUGUUGUUUCUGACGUUUUCCGCACAACUCAUCAUGUUGCCCACUGAUUUGUUGAGCUAUCUAACGAGUUUCCUCGUGCUGGUAGUCCUGUUGAUCAUCGUGGCCGCAUCAAUAGCCGAUGUGUUUCCUGAAGUUAUACCGUCGAAAAUUGUUUGGUUUAGCGAAACCAUUAACGAUUCAUUGUGGACGCGCCGCAUUCUUGGCGUUGCGGCGGCUUCCUUGAUAGCAUCUACGAAUCUUGUGGGACUGGUGUCUUGUUGGUCUGAAGAUCAGAUUCCGGCCAAUUGCACUCAAGUAUAUAAUAAUCCGUCUAGCGUUUGCAUGUACCCGUCGUAUUUCACUUACUUCAUGGUGUUGGCGCUAAUAGCUACGUCCAUGUUAACUCAGUUAUCGCAUUUCACCAAAGCAGCCAUUCUCAUAAUCAUCGCUCUCAUGCAUUGCGUUAUCAACAUGAUAACCGUAAGCAGCGCCAUCGACUGCGAGGACUCCAUCAUUAGCAAACCAUACAAGAUUUUAUCGUCCAAAUACGCUUUAUCGUUCUUGCUGAUCUCCGUCACCAUGGCACUCGUUUACUUGGCUAGGAACAUGGAUAAAUCGUCGAGGGUACUAUACUUGUGGCGAACUGAGGUGGAAGAACAGAGAGAAAGGGCAUCCGACAUCCGAAGACGUAACGAAGCUUUAGUGUACAACAUCCUACCGCCACAUGUAGCCAAACACUUCCUGGGAAGCUACAAACGUCAACAUGAAGAAUUAUAUAGUCAAAGUUAUGCUGAAGUCGGAGUGCUGUUCGCUUCGAUGCCUAAUUUUUCUGACUUUUAUUCCGAAGAGACGGUGAACAACCAGGGACUGGAAUGUUUAAGAUUCCUCAACGAAGUAAUAUCUGAUUUUGACGCGCUUUUGGAACAACCACGGUACCAAGACAUCAUUAAAAUCAAAACUAUUGGUUCCACUUAUAUGGCGGCUAGCGGGUUAAAUCCGUCGAGAAUGGUUAAGGCCGAAGAUUCAAUCGAAAUAAGAUGGGCACAUCUAGCGCUUCUCGUCGACUUUGCUUUUGAUCUGAAAAAAGCAUUGCAAGGAAUUAACGAACAAAGUUUCAACCACUUUGUAUUGAAAAUGGGUAUCAACCAUGGGCCAAUAACAGCCGGCGUAAUUGGUGCCAGGAAACCCCAUUAUGACAUAUGGGGAAACUCGGUGAACGUAGCAUCCCGCAUGGAGAGCACAGGCAAAGCUGGCUGCAUACAAGUGACGGAAGAGACUUGCAUCAUAUUACAGCACUUCGGGUUUAAGUUCGAACAACGCGGAUUGGUGACGGUCAAGGGCAAAGGACAGCUAAUGACUUACUAUCUGGUGGGCAAAGGACCGCAUCCAAACCCGGCACCGCCACCUCUCAUGGAAACCCUACCCGAACUGGAGGAAGAAGACUCGGACGAGGGUCAGGUGGUCCGACAAGCUCUGUUGCCUAAAACACACAAUUAUCACAUAUCCAACGGGUCCAGUUAAUUGCAGAGUAUUUAUUAUACUGAAACAGGCGACGACUAAAAACGCCGUGUUAUUCCGAAGGUUUCCUUAUUCUUCCCUAUUGAUUUUUUUUUUUU